AUGGAAACUUUAUUGACAUUGUGCAUUGUAACAGUGACAGUUCUGGGGCUUUUUGGAAAGGAAUCCACAAACAACUGUGAUAGCACAAAUGGAACCAUAUGUUGCUCUGGGUACAUGUGGGAUUCCUUAAAAGUACAAUGCAUACCUUGUAAAGAAGGAUACACAGGAAAAAACUGUACACUUGUAUGUCCCUUCCCUUCAUAUGGACUUAACUGUCAAUCGGCAUGUGGUUGUAGUGAUGAAGACUGUAAUUAUGUCACUGGCUGUGGACAUCAUGUUAGAGGUGUAUUAGAUGUUACAACAGAAAAACCAUCAAGUUAUAACAAAUCAGUCAACAAUACUCCAAACAUUACUGGAAAAUGGGAACCAUCUGUCAACAAUCGUUCCUUUAUAUUUUCAAUGAGUGUGGUUAUUGCAGUGCUCAUCAUCAUAUUUGCUAUUUUUCUUUACACUCAGCUAUUUGAGAAGCGACAGGUGAUUUCUAAAUUAUGACUGACAAUACUAUUUGUGUCUUCAUUGUCCACUUAUUACGUAUUUUGUAACUACAUGUCAAUUAACAGUGAUAUCGUCCUACCUACCUCUAGUUAUUUUUGAAGGGAGGGGGACAAUAUUAAGAAAAAAUGGUACGUAGACCAGUAAUGGACCAUUUACCAGAUGGAAUAUACAACUUUGGAAUGAAUAGAAUCCAUGAUGGCUCAAUUUUUUGUUGUAUUUGUGGGUAGUAAUUACCCAAGAAUUUACAUCUCCAACAAAAACAAAAAUUUUGAUAUAGUUUUAACUCAUCUCACUGAAACCGAAAUCAGACGCCUCGUCGAAAUGUCACCCCUACAAGCAAACAAAAAAAACCCCCAACAUACAAAUCUUGGUCCCCAUAAACUCAAACGAUUCGACAGUCGCAUGUCGGGAACAUAAGAUUCCAAAGUGAAAAGUAAUAGAUUUUUUGCCAGACAAGUCAAAUAUGUAUACGAAAAGAUAAAACGUGGCACGACAAUACCUUUUUGAUAACUUCAUUAAUUUUUUUUUCAUCAAAAAGGUGGUUUUCUAUGUGAAUGAUUAUAUGUAAUAACAUGUAUUUUUACUCCAAGAAACUUUAUGAGGUGAAAUGAAUAAAGAUA